AUGUCCCAACGUAGCGCACACGGCUGGCCAGAAUGGGAGGAGAAGAAUCUUCUCCCAUGGUUGGAGGCCCAUCCGGAGCUGUCGUGGAAAGCCCUUUCCGAGGCAUAUUAUGAAGAAUAUCAGGUGCAUCGAAGCGUUGAAUCUUUACGAGGCAAAAAGUACCAUAUUCUGCGGAAGCAGAGUCGCACUGGCGCCAAAGCUUCCCAAAGUCCAGGCAAACCAAGGCGAGCCGUUGCCGUACGACGCUCCGUGGUCGACAGCGCUUCACAGUCGAGUCUUUCAGCCAAGACCCCUGCCCAAAGAAACAUCGACAAAUGGUUCCAAACAAUUCUAGCGGCCGACCCUAACCAGCCUGAUGACAGCAAAAAGCCAACUCAAACGAACUCAAUUUCAGACCGCUUGACGCCAGCACCGCUUCCGAGCCGGCCUAAAAGAACACGGUCGUCAUCCUGGAGGUGGGACUAUGUGCAUCGUGCUGGAUCGCUACACUGCGAUGUCCAAGGAACAGUGGCCAACUAUCUUGAUAAACAAGUCCUGGUGCAUGUUCCUACAUCAAAGGCUGUGAUCAGCAAUGAAGCCUCAGCAUGA